AUGUCUGACAGCAGCAACAUGAAGCGACUCGAUAAGCCCGACCUCUUCUAUGGGGACCGGAAGGAAACUAGAGUAUGGCUCCUACGCAUGGAGUUACACUUCAAGUAUCACGAGGAAGAUAUGGAUGAUAGCGACAAACCCGCGUACGCAGCCUGCUACAUGAGGGGCGACGCAUUCGAAUGGGUUAAACCCUACGUGGAGGAG